AUGACUUCCACUCCAAGAUCAACACGGUCAACGCUGCCUUUCUUACCUGGCUACUCAGCCUACGACUUUAAGUUCGACAGCCGGAAGCCGCAGACCCUCUCAUGGGGUCCUGGCGGCUCGACAGUUCCCAAGCUGAACUUGGCCAUUGUGGAGAGACUCCGAGAUCCCUUUCAUCGCUAUGACAUGUCAUACAGGUCGCCAACGCACGAUGAGAAGCACUCCAUGAGGGAGUCCGCUCGAAACACGUAUCGGCCGGCCAUCCCACCAGCCUGGUUGGAGCAUGAUCGGCAAGUUCUGAAGUUCAGUGCGUACUCUCAGGAGCCGGUCUAUGAAAGCCCAAAGGAAGCCUUCAGGAUACGGCGCUGCACGAUCUACUUCUACCUGGAAGAUGGGACGAUGAUGGCCCACGCCUCUGGAAUGGAUCGAGCGUUGGUAAGGUUCACCAGAGACUUCUAUUUGCAUGUGCUCGGCGUGGUGCUUGAGGCGGAUCAGGAUGCCCCGCUGGAUUCCUUCCAAGCUUCCGAAAUGGAGGAGAUGUUGCUGACAUUAGCAUGUGAAGCUGUUCCCUUUCGCAACCUUGCGGACAGUCAUCACGCGCAACCUGCCCUCGACGAAAGCGUUGAUUUCUGCAAGAAGUGCGAGUCUGGCCGAGAGCAAGGAGGUCGCAACAGAUACGAUGCUCAAACUGCUUCUGCAGAGGUUCUCCGCUUCAACUGCUACUGGAACGAUCACACCAAGUAUGGCACACGCCAGUACUACACCUUGCACUACUACCUUGCGGAUGACACAGCUGAGAUUUUGGAGAACAUGUCCAGGAACUCUGGCCGUGAUCCGUAUCCAACCUUCUAUCGCCGCUCUCCCUUGCGCAAGACUCCGGCCUGGCCCUUGCAUUCUCCGCCUCAUGCGCACGAUCUUCCAAUUAUCCCAAAGCCCUCCCGCCAGAACAUCAGCGCCAUUCCGGGAAUGGAGGUCGAGUCAGCCUGGCCCCGGGUGCUUCCCGUGAACGCUGUAGCAAGGCAUGUCAUGGAGUGUAGCACGCUGGAAUUUCUUAGUUGGUGUUUCGAGGUGGUGUACAAGCCGGAGGACUUGCUGGUUGGUGAGGCAGGCUUCGCUGAUUUCACUGCCUCCAACUCUUCGUGGUAUUGA